AUGUCCGGCUGUGUCCAUGUCCGGCUGUGUCCAUGUCCGGCCGUGUCCGGCCGUGUCCCGCCAGUGACCGGUGUCCCCUCAGCCCUGAACAGCCUGGACGGGGAGUUCAAGGGUCGCUAUUACCCGCUGAAGGCGAUGACGGAGCAGGAGCAGCAGCAGCUCAUCGAUGACCAUUUCCUGUUCGACAAACCCGUGUCACCGCUGCUGCUGGCCUCGGGCAUGGCCCGCGACUGGCCCGACGCACGCGGCAUCUGGCACAACGACAACAAGACGUUCCUGGUGUGGGUGAACGAGGAGGAUCACCUGCGCGUCAUCUCCAUGGAGAAGGGAGGGAACAUGAAGGAGGUGUUCCGGCGCUUCUGCGUGGGGCUGAAAAAGAUCGAGGAGAUCUUCAAGAAGGCGGGGCACCCCUUCAUGUGGACGGAGCACCUGGGCUACAUCCUCACCUGUCCGUCCAACCUGGGCACGGGGCUGCGCGGGGGCGUCCACGUGCGGCUGCAGCACCUGAGCCAGCACCCCAAAUUCGAGGAGAUCCUCAAGCGCCUGCGCCUGCAGAAACGGGGCACAGGUGAGCGCGGGGGACCCCCAAAAUCC